UUGACUUAAUGAAGGUGAUUUUGCCGGUCGAAUAUUUCAAGUUAUAUUUACACAAUCGGGUUCAGAUUGGCGAUCCGUCUUGGAUUAUGACAGUAGGUUAAUUCCUCAUGUCUAAUAAACAAAUUCACUCCCAUCAACGGCAAAUUACUGACCAAAUAACCUCCACGUUGAUGGCGCGUAACAGCAAAAUUGCAGUUACCAUUGUAGUGUCUUUAUUUCAUAAAGCGAAAAUGCCUCCGGUUUGGUAUUAUCUGAUGUUGGCGUCUGCGGUUUUCUUUUCACCUGGAUACUCGUUCAACGGGGAACAAGCCGAGCUGGAAUGUCCCGAUGAUUGCGAUUGUCAUUAUUUCCGCAUCAACUGGGUGACGGACUGUUCAAACAGUAAUUUAACGCAAAUUCCAUACGACGAGCUCAGUUUGAACGUCUACGUCUUGGACAUGAACGACAAUUUGAUAUCGGAAAUCAAACCUUUUCCCGCCGACAUCAAAAUGAGACGGCUGCAAAUGGCCGACAACGCGAUGAACGAACUCAAAAAGGAAUCGUUUCAAGGCUUGCACUACCUGAUCGAUGCAGAUUUUUCGGGAAACCGUAUCAGUAAAGUGGAUCCCGACCUUUUCGAAGAUUCGGCCGGAUUUAUAACAUUAGAACUCCAGAACAAUCCACUCGAGCCGGUCGAAGGGCCUUUCUUGUCGAUAAGCACCCUGUUAUACUUGGAUAUCAGUAACUGCACGUUGAAAUACCUGAACGACCACUUCUUCGAAAAUAUAUCGGCCCUGACUACUUUGGAUUUAUCCGAGAACCCGCUGAACUUGCUAAACAGCCGCGCGUUCGAACCUUUGACAAGCCUGGAGACGCUCAAGAUGAAUCAUUGCAAUUUAACGCUAAUUACGGACGAUACGUUCGUGGCGCAACAGAAUCUCAAAACCUUGGAACUAAUCGGAAACAAUUUCGUGAAACACACCGAAUGGGCGCCGGUAUUCUCCCAUUUGCAACUGCUCGAAUACCUGAGUUUGAGGAAUUCCCACAUAUACCACCUGUCCGAGAGCAUGUUCGACAAAAACCACUACCUGAGGAAGUUGAUUCUGGCCGAAAACGACCUGUCCGGACUGGAUGUCGGUGAAACGAUAAAGAAUUUGCAAAACUUGGACACGCUCGACCUGUCCUAUUGCAACCUCACGGUGCCGUUGUCGGAGGAUACGUUCGCGAACGCGACCAAAAUAAGGAGCCUCUACUUAUCGGGCAACACCCUGUUCGCGUCCGAUCUAUUAGUUGCGCUAUCGCCUUUAACCAACUUGCAAAAACUAUCUUUGAGCAACUGCGGCCUGAGACGCUUGCCGGAUACGUUCCAUAAAUUCAAAAGUUUGCAGGAGUUAGACAUAUCUCACAAUCCGCUGAACGACGCGUUCGUUAAAUUAUUAGCACCCCUGGAAACUUUGGAAUAUCUAAACAUGGGCUACAGUAACUUGUCGCACAUCGCCCCCACGUCCUUCUCGAAGAUGACGUCGAUGCGUCGACUGAUUUUGUCAGGUAACGAUCUCAACAAUCUCGAGGCCGGACUGUUCGGCAAUCUGACCCGCUUGGAAAGUUUGGAGCUGAACUUCUGCGGCCUGCGCCGCCCGCUCAAUGCCACCUUGUUUUUCAACAACCUCACUUACACCAACUUGACGGAACUUCAGUUGGCCGGAAACCCGCUACGCGUGUCCAAAACAGGGCCGCUCCUUCCCAAACAACUAUCCCGUCUGCAAACUUUGGACCUUAGCAACUGCAAUUUGACAUUCUUACCGCCCGAAGCGUUCUAUUGGACGAGGAACAUUACGAGCUUGACGUUGGCGGGGAAUUUUUUUACCGCGCCCACCGACAUGCGCUUUUUAGAACUGCUGCCCAAACUCGAAGUCUUGGACUUGACGUACAACAACCUUACCACGUUCUCGCCUAAACAACUGUCCCUCAAUCCGCAAGUGAUCAAACUCAAACUGAUCGGAAACCCGUGGAAGUGCGACUGCGCCGUAGCGGAUCUGUGGGACUGGGCUCGUAUGCAAAAAGGAGACCUGGGGGUCUUGGAGGGCUCGACUCUCGGCGCUGCCGACGUCACCGUCGGCAAAACCAAACGCAAGAGGUUGCUGGUGUGUAAUUACGACGAAAAAGUGCCGUUGCCGUUGGUGAUGAAUAAAACUGCGACGGGACGGAAACCGUUCAAGCAGCAACGCACGGUGUCGACUACGAAUCGCACGUGGGCGAAGUACGUAAGGGAGUCCGGUUGCGAACCAUCGCCGGAUUUUACGUUGCAAAGAGCGCCGAGGGCGGCGAACGACGAUGGAGAGAAAAUACGAAUCGCCGAACACGGCCCGAACAAUUGGGCAUCGGCUGCGAUUAACGCAUGCGUGGUCUACGUCACCCUCAUCACCGUCGUGGGUGUGUUGUUUUUAAUAACGAAACGCAAACGAAUCGAACGGCACGUAAAUAAAAACAAUUAGACGAACAAAACAUAUUUGCGGGGUGGAAAAAUAAAUAGUAAAGCGAGACGCCCUGCACGUAUGCGGCACGUGAACGGAUCAGUAUAUUCUAUUUAUUAGUCAAAGUAUUUUAAUGAAUAUUCCAAUAGUACUAUGAUAGUUCGUCGUUAUAAUAAGACUGUUUUGCGUUAUUUUUUUAGCGUCGUGAGCACAAAGGCUGUAAUAAAAUUUGUAUACCAACGCAGAAAAUAAAAAUUAAUAAUUUGUUUU